AUGUAUCCUUCCUCUAACGUGAGUAAUCUAAACCCUAAUUCUCGUUUGAAAAACAGAAACAUGAAAAGAAGGAGCAUGGAGAGUAACCUCCACUGGGAUGUGAUUCAUGAAAUUCUGUUGAGGUUACCUGUGAAGUCACUUGUUCGUUUCAAAAGUGUGUGCAAAUCAUGGCAUUCUCUCAUCUCUGAUCCUCACUUUGCAAAUUCUCGUUACGAGCUAUCUGCCGCACCCUCGCACAAGCUUCUCCACAUAGCAUCUGUUUCUGAAGCUCGAUCCAUCGAUGCUUAUGCAUCGCUUAACGAUGAUUCUUCCGUUAGGGCUUUUCCUUAUAGAAAGAUGUCCAAGGAAAAGCCCGCGGCGGAAACACCACUACUUAUAGAAAGAGGUUUCCACAGAGAACUGUCGUACUUUGAGAUAUUGGAAGAGUGUGAAUAUGAGAAGAUAUACCUAACUGGUUUUGGAACCAAUUCACGGAAAGAAAUUCAGGGCUUUCAUGUUCACGACGUGUAUUCAUGGCGAUCAUCAUUCUUUAAUGACGCUGUUCAUUGGUUGGCUCGUGGUGAAUAUUGUGUAAUUCUUGCCUUUGAUUUGGUAGAGAAUAAUCUCUCUGAGAUAUCUCUGCCAGAUGAUCUCAAAUAUGGCUCUUUUUUAUUAGAUUUGGGAAUCAUGGGAGAAUGUCUCGCUGUUUUUAUUGAUAGCUUUAAUAAAACUCAAGUGUGGGUUAUGAAAGAAUACAGAGUGCAGUCAUCUUGGACUCUGAUUGAGAUUCCUAUGCCACUUUCCGCUGUAUGCAUGACCAAAGGUGGUGAACUUAUUGCAUUAAGUUCUAAUGAGUUGAUGAAAUUUAAUGAGAAAGGAGAAUUGCUGGAACGUUGUGAAUAUCGUUGUGAUUAUGUGAUUGGGUUCCACUUAGCUAUGUAUACAGGGAGUCUUUUUUCACUCCCUAGGAACAACGAUGGAAGCAUGGAAACAACAUCAACAGAAACCGACCAGGAGAAAUAG